GCGUUAGCACGAUUUCACUCACAUGCAUUGAGUUUCUUAGGUCAAGUGAAAUAUUAAAUGUAAACAAAUGUAUGGAGAGGGGCAUUUCAGUUAUUGAAACUUGCAUGUUUAUUAUGCUGAAAGGGUCGCUGUCAAAAUAAUUAAAUGUAAAAAAUAAACUCUUCCAUACAGCUCUUCUGUUGUGAUGCCUCUGCAUGUUUACCUGUUAUGAGAUGCAAUGAGUUUAAAGCGACAGAGCAGCAUUGCCAAACCAUUGCCACCACCAUUGCCUUUGGAUAACACCACACCUGCACUCAGCAGCGAAGACGACAGUGAAGAUGAAGAAAAUGCGUUGCAAGAAGGCCUGAUUGCCUCGCUCAACCAACUCUCCAUCCUCGAACGCCUUGGCCCAACCAGCGACGAGAUGACUGAAGGAGAAGUGGAGUGUGCGUUCUCUCAGCUGGCUCUAGCGUUCCGCUGUGACCAGUACACUCUUGACCAGCGUCUUCAGGCUGAGGAGCACGCUCGCAACAAGGCAGAGGAGAACAUGACGCUGGAGCUGCAGAGGGGCAAGGAGGCAAUAGAGGCUCUGAAGGUCUUGUGUCUGGACAGCGAGCGCUACAAGGCGCUGCAGAAACUGGACUUGACUCUGGACAUCCUGGCCGGCACCAUGGAGCAGGUGGCCAGGACAGCAGAGGUGCUGGGGGCCGUGCAUCAGGAGGCCAAGGUGAGCCGGGCGGUGGACGUGAUGUUGGCCCACGUGGAGAACAUGCGCCAGCGUCAUGACCGGCACUGUGCCGAGCUGGAGGAGACCCGGAAGCUGAUAGGCAGCAGCGCGUCAUGUGACCAGCCCCUGCCCGAACUGAGAGAGGAGAUGGAAAUACGACUGAGGACUAACAAAGACCCAGGAAGGUUCAGAUUGAUGCGCCGAAUCAGUUCUUCUGUAAUUACAAAGGAGACCCUAUGCCAGUUACGCGAGCAGGAGGCGAAGAUGAGGAAUGAAGCGGAAGAGAAGUUCACCAAGAGACCUUCAGUCCUGAUGCAGAGAUCUGAGUCCGAACCCCAGGCCCUUGCUGCCAUGUCCAAAAUAGAGGAUGAGGAGAGCGUACCUGUAGAGGACAGUUGUAAGCACCAUGAUAUACCUGUAGAGGGUGCUCCCGAGCCUGAACCAGCCCCAUCAGCCCCCAGCCCUCCUCCUGCCUCCUGCUCGCCUCCCCCCGCCGUCUGCAAACAUGACGAGGUAAUCCCAAAGAUGCCCAUCAGACCAUCCGCCCAGAGGGUUCUAAGAAAAAGGCAAAGGAGCAGAACCGAGCUGGAAGGGUUCUGGUCCAGAGGAAGAAGAGAAAGACAAAGUGACUGCACCACUGGUAACUCCAGUCCGUUCGCUGGCCUCUUGGGCAGACAGCGCCUCCCUGUGCACUGGCUUUAUCACUGCCGCUGGAUCCUCACCUGCGUCUACCUCGCUAUUCUCGUGUCCAUCGUACUGCUAGCUAUGUUCUUCUGGUUUCUGCGAAUGCCUGUUCUUUGGAUGUGACAACACGUUUUAUUUUACUUAACUGUUUAGCACCACACAGGAACGCCUAUUUUUCUACACAUAUUGUUAAGUUGAAUGGGUUCUCAGUUAUUAAAAAAAACUAUACAGGGUAAUGUAUUUAUUUGUGUUUGUUUGACAAUGAUUUUAACAAAUUGUCAGUGUUAAUAAAGUCUUUGGAUAAAGAUGCUUUCUUCUUUACUAAUGUGA